AUGGCUACAGGGUAUAACUGGGUUCCAGAAAAAUACUUGGAGCUGAAAAGCAAACACAAAUAUGGCGAUAUUCUCCAGAAAUCAGACUCGUUUAAACAUGACCUUGGAAAUUCAUUUCGCAAAAGACGCCACGACGACGACUACGGCAAGGUUGGAAAGCCUCAGUCACAACCAACGAGACCAAUACAACGAAGCAAGCGCAUAAAAACCCCAAAAAUUAUCGGUCAGGCUCUCCCGGUAUCUCGGGUAGUGGAAGUACUUGACCACCGGUCACUCCAACAACUUCUUACAAAGCUUUUAACUAUUCAUCCCGAGGUUGCCACUACCAUCAACAAGCUCUCGCCGCGACCAGAACUCAAAGACUGCUUGGAAACAUUGAGAGAACGAUUUGAUGAAAUCAUCAACCACUUGCCAUACAAAUGCGAUGUGGAAUCCGACUACUCUUAUUUGAGGGUUAAACCACACUUGAACGAAUUUCUCAGCUGCCUCUCCGAUCUCACGUUAAGUUUUCUCCCACCGAUAGAAGUUAACACCCUCCAAUCUUUGACAUUCCUCGAUUAUGUCACCAGUCUCAUUCAUCAACUCCCAAACUUUGCCAAUACCGAGUUCCAGUAUACUAAGGUCCAGGCGUACGACCAGCUAGCAAACACAUGGAUCAUUGCAUUCAAUCACUCUUUGAACGACGAGGAUUGUCAGGAAGUAGCAUCGACCAAAGAUGCAAAGGUAGAGUCGUUGUCCAAGAUUGUAAAGAUGAUCGAGGACAAUGACUUGAUCAACAAACUCGAGAAACACAACGACCUCUCUCAGGGCAAGUUUCGCAUGGUCAUAGAGUUGGUAAAGGCAACGGUGGACAACUACGAGUCGUUAUCCGAAAGUUUGCGUGCCAAAUCGUUGCUUGGCGAUAUGUUCACUGUGGACUACUCCAACUUUGUUGCUGCCCAAUCGCUCAACUAA